GUGUAUUAAAACGUGUUAGUUCAAAGUUUAAAUCUGUUAAGUUUUAUGGAGUAUAGUGUUCUCUUACGUGCUGUCUAGGAAAGAACGAUUGAAGGCUGUGUUUGCGUUAUAAGUAUGUUAAGUAUAUUCGAAGGGACGUUGUCCUUGAUACUCUGUAUUCUUUCAAACCCUUGGUAUCUGGCAGCAGUCCUGGCAUCCUGCCUGUCUCUUCACAUUAUAGCAGUUCACUUUUGGGGGAAGAAGAUAGGGGUAAACCCACUUGCUACAGAUUUUAGGCAACCUACUAAGCCUUGUGUCAUUGAUAUCAAAGCAAGAGAUGCAGUUCUGAAACAAAGAUUUAAAGCCUCUCAAGUUCCAGAGAAACUAGAUGUGAUUGUAAUAGGAAGUGGUGCUGGUGGUUUGACUGCCGCAGUACUACUAAGCCGAGCUGGUCUCAAAGUUCUUGUCCUUGAGCAACAUGAUCAAGCUGGUGGCUGCUGUCACACUUUUGUUGAGAAAGGCUUUGAGUUUGACACUGGAAUACACUAUGUUGGUAAACUACAAGAUGGAACUGUCAACCGUACACUUCUCGAUCAGUUAACUUGUGGUCAGCUAAGAUGGGCACCAUUAGAUGAUGAAUUUGACCAUAUAGCACUAGGGGAUACAGCUAAAGCCAGGAUAUACAAGAUGAAGUCUGGGGAUGAAAGGUAUGUUCAGAACCUCAUUGACCUAUUUCCUGAAGAGAAAGAUGCAAUCAGCAAAUAUAUGGAACUAGUUAAGGAUGCUAGUGCAUCAAUGUUUGGGCUCUCCUUGUUGAAAAUUUUGCCACGCUAUAUUGCUCGAUUCUUGGUGUUCACUGGAUUGUAUAAACUGGUAUUAAAGUGCUAUAGAAGAGGUUACACCGACAAAACUCUACAAGAAGUUCUGGAUGGGUUAACCAACAACAAGGAACUAAAGUUGGUCUUAUCAUAUAUUUGUGGAGAUUAUGGUGUGGUACCCAAAGACGUGCCUUUUAUACUUCAUGCUGCUGUAAUAGAUCAUUAUAUUAAAGGCGCUUUUUACCCAGUGGGUGGCACUUCAGAGAUCGCCUAUCAUAUGAUCCAGAGUAUAGAAAAGUUUGGUGGAAGGGUCAUGGUUCAAGCUCCAGUAACCAAAAUUUUGUGUGAUGAUAAAGGAAGGGUCAAUGGUGUUAAGGUGGGCAAGAAUGACUUUGAGAUUCAUGCCAGCUACAUUAUCUCAGAUGCUGGAGUAAUGAAUACAUUUAACACUUUACUACCAGAAACAGUGGCUAAAGCUUCUUUUGUCUACCCAAUGGUUACCAAGGUAGGACCAAGUGUCUCAUAUAUAACAACAUUUAUUGGAAUUGAAGGCAGCUCUACUGACCUGAAGCUCCCAGCAAGCAAUAUAUGGCUUCAUAAAACAGAUGAUUUGAACAAGUCAUUUGAAUUAUUCCUGAAUACAAAACCAGAAGACAUAGAAGAUAUGAAAAUAUUUUUCGGAUUUAUUUCUUUCCCAUCAGCCAAAGAUCCAGAAUGGGAGAAAAGAUUUCCAGGGAAGAGUUCUGCUCUUGUGAUCACUCUGGCCAAAUGGGAUUGGUUUUCUCAUUGGAAAGAUGAAAAAGUUCGUCACAGAGGAGAACAUUAUGAAGGAAUCAAAAAUUUACUUGGCAGACAGAUGUGGCAGCAGUGUUUAGACUUGUUCCCUCAGCUGGAUGGAAAAAAAGUUUAUAUGGAAGUUGGGACACCUGUCUCCAACAGGUAUUAUCUGGCAUGUCCACAAGGUGAAAUGUAUGGACUGGAUCAAGGGAAACAGCGUUUUUCAGCAGAUGCUGCCUGGAGAUUAAGAGUUGAUACAGACAUACCAGGACUUUAUCUAACUGGUCAAGAUACAUUAACUUGUGGCUUCACGUCAGCAGUUGUCUCAGGGCUGCUUUGUGCAUCCCAAAUACUAAAUAGAGAUUUAUACUCAGAACUUCUAAAACUGAGAAAGAUUCUUACUGAGACAGAACAUUGCAAAAAUGAAUAGUGUCAACAUAAUUUAUCAAACUGUACAAUUUCUAAACAAUUUUUUUCCAUGCAUUAUUUAAAGUAUUUAAAUAAAUGUUACAUUGUAGUUAAAUUUUAAUACUUCACUGACAUUAUCUGAUACAAAAAAUCAUGUUUAAAAAAAACAAGAACUGUAGUUGUUGAACAUUUUUAUAAGCUAUUGGAAAUAAAUAAAAUAAUUUUUUUGGGUUAAUAAAAAAAAGCCAUGUUUCUUUUUUUUUUAUUAUUGUUAAAAUAAAUCUUGCUAGAAGUACUGACAUAUAGAGACUUUUUGGGGAAUUAAGAUCUCGUAAACUAGAAAAGAUAGUGAAAAUCCAACAUCAUAAUAUUUUAGACCAUUCAAAGUUCUUUUUUCUUUUCUGAAAUCGAAAAAUCUAAUUUUUAAAAUCAUUUAUGCAAGCAGUUUUUUCAUAAAAAUACACCACUUUUACAACUAUUCACUAUAAUAGUAAAAAACAUGGGAGGCUGUUUUUAACACAUAUAUGCAAACAGUUUUAGAUUAUUUGUCAAAAAAUUAUUUUUUUUUUACAUAUUUAUUGCUAAGUUAUGUAAGUUGUUAUACUAACUACUACAUUUUCACAAAAAAUUGUUUACUUUUUUUUUUAAGAGAAGAAAUCUAUAUAGUAUGCAUAUAAGUUAGACAUAAUUUAAAACAACAAUUGAUAAGUAGUUUUUCAUAUUAUUGCGUGAACUGCAGUACUUACUACUUACCCACCCAUGCCACAUAUGUGGCCGGCUUUUUAAAGCGAUGAUUGGACUUUACAGGCAUCUUCGAGUCCAUAGGAAAUAAGAAAUGUGCUCAUCUUCGACCACGAAGGAGAAACUAUGUAUAUAAUAAUAAUAAUUUUAUUUAUAAAGUGCUGUUAACAAACAAAAUGUAGGCUCAAGGCACUGUAAUAACAUUACAAACACAGACAUGACAGCUAAAAUGACAGUUAAUCUAAAAAGUUUUAAACAGAUAGGUCUUAAUGUUCUUCUUAAAAGUGGUGUAGCAUGUUGCCUGUCUGAUAACAAACAAAAAAGUUAUUAAAGUUUAAUCAUAACAGGGUAGUGAAAUAUAUAUGAGCAAAAUGAAAAAUUCCACCGGAACGAGGAAAAUAAUUACGGAAAGAAAGAGUUAUGGGGUAACUUAGAUUAGCAAAGAUGAACUGCUUUGUUAACUUGAAUUUUAUCUUAGAUAUUGUAGUGGUUCAUUGGUUGUUAAAAAACUAUUUUUUAUACUGACUCUCUAUUAUAAACAAUAUUUUAAUUAAUAUUUUUUUUUUACUUUGCACAUUGACAGUGUUGAAUGCUUUAAAUACUUUCAAAAAUAUUGUUUUUAAAUGUCAUUUAUUUAUUAAUUUUCAUUUGUUAAAUAUUGAUUGUAGUUUUAGCUUACUUCAAUGUUUUUUUAAAAGACAUUAUACAAUAAGUUUUAACCACAUAUUCAUAAACAGAAUAAACCCACAAUAUUUCA